CACUUCAUUGGGCUAGCAGGCUCUGGAUCUGCUGCUGGUAUCGCCGUUGGAGCAUUUGAACUCAAUGCGCUGUUACUCCUUCAACUGCUGGGCUGGGUCUUCCUGCCAGUCUUCAUUGCCAGCAAGGUCACGACGUUGCCGGAAUACAUGAGCAAACGCUUCGGCGGGAGGCGCAUCAGGAGCUGGCUCACUGUGCUCUCCAUGCUUCUUUAUAUUUUCACUAAAAUAUCGGUCAAUUUAUAUUCUGGUGCAGUAUUCUUGCAACAAGCGUUGCGAUGGCGAAACAUCUACAUCUGCAUCGUGAUUCUGCUGCUGCUGACGGCGUUGUGCACUGCGGUGGGCGGCCUGGCUGCUGUUAUCUACACAGAUACUUUACAAUUCUUCGUCAUGAUAGGCGGCUCCAUGGCACUAUGCAUUAUAUCAUCAUAUAUGAUGGUGCAGCGGGCCAUGGCUUCCAAGAGCUUGUCCCACGCAAAGGGAGCCACCAUAUUCGCUGGCAUCUUCAAGCUCCUCCCGCUCUUCCUGAUCAUCAUUCCCGGCAUGGUCUCGCGCGUGCUCUUCACUAACGAGGUGGCGUGCGUGGACCCGGACGCGUGCUUCGAGUUCUGCGGAUCACGCGUGUCUUGCUCCAACUCCGCCUACCCGAAGCUUGUGCUGGAGCUGCUGCCCGGCGGUUUGCGCGGAGUGAUGCUGGCGGUGAUGUUGAGCGCCCUCAUCUCAGACCUCACCUCCAUCUUCAACUCAGCGGCGACCCUCUUCACCAUCGAUGUCUGGAAAUACUUCCGACCCCUCGCCAGCACCAGGGAGCUGCUGCUCUGCGCCAGAGUGUUCAUCCUGUUCCUGCUGGUGGUGUCGGUAGCUUGGGUGCCGGUGAUCGAGUCCACUCAGGGCGGUGAAAUGUACAGCUACAUCCAGUCUGUUUGGAUGAAAUUACUGAGUUAUAUUUUAUGUGAACAGGGGGCGUUCUGGGGUCUGAUCUCAGGCUUCGUGGUGGGGGGUGUGAGGAUGGCUAUGGACUUCUACUACGGCGAGCCUCUCUGCUACGAAGAAGAUCUACGGCCUGCUGUACUUAAGAUUCACUACCUGUACUUCGCCAUGCUUCUCUUCUGGUUCACGCUCUUCAUGUGCUUUUUGGUGUCGCUGGCCUCCCCGCCCGUCGAACGAUGGAGGCUUAUACGCACCACGUACUGGACUCGCUACGACAAGACAGUGCGGCUCGACGAAGUCAAGCUUGCGGUCGCCAACGCCCUCCUGCCCCUGCAGGAGAACGGCCGAGUCCCGUGCUCUUCUGCGGUCCACGGUGACGCGGACUUGAACCAUAGCUUAGACGUUAACGUCGAAACAACUUAUGAAGCAACAAAUGCAGACGUCACAUUAACGUGGGAUAAGAAUUAUGCUGAUGGAUGUGAGGGAACUGAGGUAAAUGUUCCCCUCGCCUGCCACCGCUCCUCGAGUGAUCAGGGAGAAGUGCCGCGAGGGAAAAGCGAUGUCGUCGAUACUAGUAAACUUGGUAACGGCAUGGCUCGUCGCGCUUCCUGCUGUAAACAAACUGGGACGUGCAAGAGGCUGAUGACCAGACUACUGGGCAGCCGGGCUAUUGGACGGCUUUCUGCUUCUGAAUAUCAGGAUGUAGCAGCAGACUGUGGAGAACCCAGCACUCUGCUGACCUCCCUCCACCAGGAGCCCUGGGAGGAACGUCUUCUGAACUGCCUGCUGGUGCUGAUGUGUGUGUUGUGCGUCUCGCUCUACAUCUUCUUCUCCAUCAACCCUUUCACUCUGUCUGAAGUCUACAAACUUCAACUUCAGCGGUUACAUCAAAUGGGUUACAUCAACCACACCACGUUGGCUUUGGGGUCCAAUGUUGCUGUCUUGGUCUGAUUUUCUAUCAGAAAUGUACUUAUUGAAUUUUGUUUUAUCUUCAAGUGGCGAGUGAUGAAGAGCAAGUUUGGAAAAGGCGCUCUCAUAUAGAGAGUUUACCCUAAAAUAUGAAUAAUUGGCGCGGUGGCAAAUUUUUUAUAUGUGCUAAUCGUGACAUGUUCAAGUGCAGUUAUUCGCCGCCCAGGUCAUACAGUGCGCUGUUGUUUUUGCCGUGUUGCCUUGGCACUUGAAUGCUGUGAUAAUACGGUAAGUGAUACAAUUUCCUGAAUAUUUAUGAUAUUUUUUUCGCUCAAUAGUCGAUUCAUUGCAAAAUAAACAUUGCAUUUUGACCAGGCGGUCAAGGUCCAGUCUAGGUAUUUAUUGCAAAUUUUUUUCGCUUUGUUUCAGAGAGAUUUUUUAAUGCGGAAUUUUGGUUUUCAUGCUCCGCAAAUAUUUCUUCAGAAAAUACCUUUUUCGGGGAAAAUUCAUGCCGUCUUGCUCGUGAGAAUCUGACGUAUAUUAUCUAGGUUUAAUUUACACUCCAAUAAGGAUGAAAUUUAUUCCUGGAAGUUUGUUAGAGAAAUUGCGUUGUGAUUGAUCUUAAGAAAUACUUCGAUUGAUGCUAGCCAAGAAUUUGAUGUAUAAUGUACUCAUGUUAGAGGUUGAUACUAUUACUAUGAAAAUUGUAUUUAUAAUGUAAUGCUAAAAUUAUUUUAGAUGGAGAGUAUUCAUUCGAAAAUAUUUAUUGUUUCCAUUUUAUUUUGAUCGUUUUAACUCUUCUCGCUUUCUGGAGUGAGUUCGAGGCCCAAACGAUUACAAUCUAUGCGCUCUGAAUCUCUACGGGCUAAUUUCAAUCUGCAGAGUAUUACUGCAAUGUAGAAAUAAUUUUAUUGGGAUAAUCUGUUCGAUGGGAAGUUCGACCUUUUGGAUUCGAAAGGAAGACCUUGUGAAGUUCAAUGGGAAGUUUGACCAAAUCGGUACUAUGCCAAGAAAUGCGUAAAAAAAUGAAACCACGCAAUCAUUUUGGAAGUCUAAGUUAUUAAUUUCGGCCCUGCAAGCAUCUCGCACGUCAAUUCAAGUCAAUUAACAAUUAACGAUCCGAUGAAGAUUCGUGCAUGUGGGGUUUUGAUAAUUAUUCGCCUUUGUGCUGGGCAGUACGUAUUUUUCUCACCUUAAUAAAUAGACGUGUGUCUAUAAAAGAUGGAUUAUGUCUAUAAAAGAUGGAUUAUUUCCUCAUUACCACCGAUAGAGUGGUAAUGAGGAAAACAUGGGAGAAACUAUUCAACGCGGGGAAAAGGCGAAUUGUAACCAUGAAAAAGACACUCAUAUAAUCAAUUUCUCUAUCAUUAGGUACUGAAAAAGUAAAAUAUUUAUACUUUUCCUAAUAACAGAGAUUUUUAUAAAUGUUGCCGUGGUUGUGAAAAGAGGAAUGCUGAGUAAGUAAGGGCGUUAAUUAAUGAAGGAAAGCCCUAAAAGAAACUGUUAACAAGAGGAAGGAUCGUCGAAGCAUUUAUUUGUGUGGACGCAUUACAAAUAUACAGUUCUUAGGCUUGAAGAAUUAAUCUAAUUUAUUUUAGUCUUUGUUGGAUAUAUUUUUUCGGUUCUCGACAACUCCCGGAACGGGUUGCGGUAAAUUUCUGUAUUUUAACGGGUUGUAAAAUAUCUGCCCGGCAUUUGAUCUAUCCUUUGAUCUCGGUUGAAAUUCUGUUUUUCAUAAAAUCCAAUUGCUUCGUAUUUCAUGAGACCAUAAAUUCUGUCAUCUAAAAUGUUGCGUUUCGACUGUCAGAAUAAUCGUACCUCGCCUUCUCAUUCGGCCUCGAUUAUAAGUUCCAUGCGACAUGUCACGUAUCAUUUCAAUAUGAAAUUUCUCAUUGAAACGUUUGAAAACGAAUUUAUUUUUUAACUGACGGUAAUUCUAUACAAGGCAUUUAGGUACGAAUGGCAUUGCUAACUGUUAAUGUAUACGAAAAUAGGUUCUGGAAAGGGUCAUAUCAUCAUCACUUAUAUGAUCAAGCUAGUAUAAAUUAAUUGGUUUGUCACUAUUUAAAGGGUCCAGGGUUCGAAUCAACUGCUAGACUUUUGUGUUUUAGCCAAAGUGUGCAAUUGCUAAAAAAUAGAAAAUGCAAGAUCUAAUGUUUUUUUAACUAAAAUAUGGGAUCUAAAGCAACAUUCCUUAAUAUUAGUUUCUAUUUGAUAAGGAUGAAGAAGUUUGCGCCUAAUUUCUAAAAAACUUUUCCGUGUGAUCAUAGCCGACAUAUUUGUGAGAUUUUAGAUGUGAUGCCAUCCUUCUGUUUUUAUGUUGCUGUGAAUUGAAACAGUGCUGUGUGAAAUAUGAUAAUUACAUGUUUGUUCAGAAAUUGCCUUCACAUAUGCAUGAUUUGUGAAAUCACGUGCAAAAUCUUCCUUAAUUUAAGUUUAAAUUCACUCGUCUCGAUUGAAAUAAGUGGAGGUGAUUCUACAGUGAGACAUUUUUACGCUACAGCCAUUCUGUUUUCGGGUUUUGUGAUGUUAUUUUUUCUGUUAUUUUGUUCGUGAAUUUGUUAUCCUAAAUUAAAGUUACCCGCCGAGUUUCAACUCUCUUUUUAAACUUCUAUUUGAUCGAGACGUGCCAGUUUGUUUGUUGUUGCAAUAUGCUUGUGUUAUGAGAGAACGAAUCUCCCAAUCAUGUAUCUCAGUGGCAUCCAUUUUUGGACGUUAUUAAUGUUCCUGUCGAACCCUAACACACUCUUGCAUUAUCUGUGGCAUUUUGGGGCAUUAGUUUAUCGUGUACAAUAUUAUAGUGUUUUUUUUUUUUUUGGGUGCUGAACAAGUCGCGUGUGCUUUCCUGUAAUACAUAAAAACAUUUAAUCUAACUUAUUUUCGAUAGUAUAUUUUGGGUGCUGAACAAGUCGCGUGUGCUUUCCUGUAAUGACUUGCUAGAACAAAUACAUAAAAACAUUUAAUCUAACUUAUUUUCGAUAGUAUAUUAUCUUGAA